GGAUUUAAUAAAGAGUUCAAGUCCGGGUCCUUAGAGAGAGACAGAAGACUUUUUAGAGAGAGACUCAGAGAGAUAAAGGGGAAGAAGUAGAGGAAAAGGUUUGAGGUUUAGCUGGUUUUGUUCUGAUCUUCGUGGUUGGUGCUGAAGAAUUUGUAUCUUCUUGUUACUCAAUUUUUUGUACAGAUUACGUCUCGCCUUUUUCUGUUUGUUUCUCGGCAAAAUUUGCAGGCUAACACCAAGUUUCGUUUCUCUGAUCCGUUUCGGUUUCAGUAUGUACACUAGCAGGGAUUUGACCAGAAAGGUUUGAUCUUUGUAUGCUUAGCACCGAUCUUUGGAAGCCCUAGUGGAGAAGUAAUGGAUCUUUGAUUAUGUUAAGGCCUAGGGCUUAGUCAUUUGGCACUAUUAUUUUGGUGCACUUUUCAGCUUAAUAGUGCUGAAUGGUCUCUGGUCACUUUUAGAAGUAAAGUGGAAUACAAUUUAUGUAACUCUAGUGAAGAUACAUCCAUAUUGAACAUCUGGGACAGCUAGUAUUUUUGGAGUAGAUGUCGUUUCGCAGCAUUGUUCGUGAUGUUAGGGAUGGUUUUGGUAGUCUAUCAAGGCGAAGUUUUGAGGUAAGACUGCCUGGCCAUAGUAGGGGGAAAUCACAUGGCUCAGUCCAUGAAUUGCAUGAGCAGCCUCUGGUUAUUCAGAACAGCCGGUGGGCUAGUCUUCCACCUGAACUAUUACGUGAUGUGAUUAAAAGAUUAGAGGCAAGUGAGAGUACGUGGCCUACUAGGAAACAUGUUGUGGCAUGUGCUGCUGUUUGCAGGUCUUGGAGGGAAAUUUGCAGAGAAAUUGUUAAAAGUCCUGAAUUUUCUGGCAAGAUUACAUUCCCAGUCUCUUUAAAGCAGCCAGGACCUCGGGAUGGAACUAUUCAGUGUUUUAUAAAGAGGGAUAAGUCUAACCUAACUUACCACCUUUUCCUUUGCCUUAGCCCUGCUUUGCUUGUUGAAAAUGGAAAAUUUCUUCUUUGUGCAAAGCGAACGCGUAGAACAACUUGCACAGAGUAUGUGAUCUCCAUGGAUGCAGAUAAUAUAUCACGAUCAAGCAGCACUUACAUUGGCAAACUCAGGUCUAACUUUCUAGGCACAAAAUUCAUUAUUUAUGAUACCCAACCUCCCUACAAUAUUACUCAGCUAUCCCCACCUGGCAGAAGCCGUAGAUUUUACUCUAAGAAAGUUUCUCCAAAGGUUCCUACAGGAAGUUACAAUAUUGCCCAAGUCACUUAUGAGUUAAAUGUGCUUGGCACUAGGGGCCCACGAAGAAUGCAUUGUGUUAUGCAUUCAAUCCCUUCCUCAUCCCUUGAGCCCGGCGGUGCUGUUCCAGGCCAGCCGGAGCUUGCUCCUCGCUCCCUUGAGGACUCAUUCCGCAGCAUUUCCUUCUCAAAAUCAAUUGACCACUCAACUGAGUUUAGCAGUGCUCGAUUCUCCGAUAUUAUCGGGCCCCGCGAUGAAGAUGAGGAGGGUAAGGAGAGACCACUAGUUCUUCGGAACAAAGCACCAAGGUGGCAUGAACAGUUGCAGUGUUGGUGUCUUAACUUCCGGGGAAGGGUGACAGUUGCCUCUGUCAAAAACUUUCAGCUAAUUGCUGCAACACAGGCUGCUGCUGGUGCACCAACGCCAUCACAGCCACCAGCCCAAUCUGACCAUGACAAGAUUAUACUUCAGUUCGGCAAGGUAGGGAAGGACAUGUUUACUAUGGAUUACAGAUAUCCAUUAUCUGCGUUUCAGGCUUUCGCCAUCUGCUUGAGCAGCUUCGACACCAAAUUGGCAUGUGAAUAGAAGAGAAAAAUGAAAAGAGAUUUACGGUAAGCAAUAGAAGAAAAAGGAAAAAGAAAAAAAAAAUUAGCUUGAAAUGUUUCUUCCUUUCUAGGGCUCUCUACAUAGAAUGUGGUUGUUGUUAUUGCUGUUGUAUCAAGUCACCGUACAAACUCAUGGUAGGCUAAGAACUCCGGCUGCGACCGGGGAGUGCAGAAACAUUAUCAGUGCACAAUGGGGGGAUGAGUCCUCUUCCUUUUUUUUUAUUUUUAUUUUUUUUAAUUCUUAUCUUUUGGCUUAGUUUGCGUUGAUUGA